CUGCCCCUCCCCCUCUGCAGAAUAAAGGGUUAGGAAGUGAAAGUGAAAGUCAGAGUCUCCAUUUUGUGUGGAGGGGAAAAUACACCAUUUCAGGAGUAAAAACACAGGUUUGAUUUAACACGCCGAUGUUGGAGUGAAGUAAACGUGUGUCCUGCUGUAAUCUGGAGAAGGAGACAUGACCUCCAACAUGAGUGUGUCUGGAGAACAGGACUUAAAGAAAGACGAGAGAAUGAUGAAGAGAAAGAGAUCAGACUCACCAGAACCCAGCUGUGUGUCCAUGAAGAGUGACUGGUCAAUGGAGCAACCACUUACCUUCAGAGACGGAGCCAGUUCUCCUGAUGUGAGACCACAACAGAAGAAAUCAAACCUCAGCAGAAAUCAGUUGGACUCCAUAUUCAAGGAGCUGGAACACAAAGUCAUCACUCUGAUAAAGAAUGAGCUGAAGAGGUUCAGGAAGCUCCUGAGUCCAGAUUACCCAGCAUGCACUGAGAGGGAGGUGGAGGAUGAGGAGGAUCUGCACAGUGUCAGAGACGGAGCGCUGAAGAUCACACUGCACGUCCUGAAGAACAUGAACCACACAGAUCUCGCUAACACACUGCACAACAAACUCGUCUCUGUGUAUCAGACAGAGCUGAAAUCCAGCCUGAGAGAGAAGUUUAAAAGAAUUAAUGAAGGAAUCUCACAGCAUGGAAGUUCAGCACUUCUGAAUGAGAUCUACACAGAGCUCUACAUCACAGAGGGUUGGAGUGGAGACGUCAAUAAUGAACAUGAGGUGAGACAGAUUGAGACAGCGUCCAGGAGACCAGCAGCACAGGAGACACCCAUCAAAUGUAACGAUCUCUUUAAAGAUGAGUCCAUCAGAAGAGUGCUGACUAAAGGAGUUGCUGGAAUUGGAAAAACAGUCUCUGUGCAGAAGUUCAUUCUGGACUGGGCUGAAGGAAAAGAAAAUCAGGACGUCACCUUCAUGUUUCCACUUCCCUUUAGAGAGCUGAAUCUGAUGAAGCAGAAACAUCUCAGUCUGAUGGAUCUUCUUCAUCACUUUUUCCCUGAAAUGAGAAAACUACAAUUAAUAGACUCCUACAAAGUGGUGUUGAUCUUUGAUGGUCUGGAUGAGUGUCGACUUCCUCUAAAUUUCCAGAAGAAUGAGAGACUGUGUGAUGUGACAGAGUCAGCCUCAGUGGAUGUGCUGCUGACGAACCUCAUCAAGGGGAAUCUGCUUCCCUCUGCUCUCCUCUGGAUCACCUCUCGACCAGGAGCAGCCAGUCAGAUCCCUCCUGAGUGUGUAGACCAGGUAACAGAGGUACGAGGGUUCAGUGAUCCUCAGAAAGAGGAGUACUUCAGGAAGAGGAUCAGUGAUCAGAGCCUGGCCAAUAAAAUCAUCUCACACACGAAGUCUUCAAGAAGCCUCUACAUCAUGUGCCACAUCCCAGUCUUCUGCUGGAUCUCAGCCACUGUUCUAGAGAGAAUGCUGGGUGAAGCAGAGCGUGGAGAGAUCCCCAAGACUCUGACUCAAAUGUUCACACACUUCCUGAUCUUUCAGAUCAAACACAAGGACCAAAAGUACCAUCAGAAAUGUGACCCUGAUCCUCAGCAGACCAGAGAGAGUAUCCUGGCACUGGGAAAACUGGCUUUCCAACAGCUGGAGAAAGGAAACCUGAUCUUCUAUGAGGAAGACCUGAGAGAGUGUGACAUUGAUGUGAGAGAAGUGUCAGUGUACUCAGGAGUGUGUACCCAAAUCUUCAGAGAGGAGUUUGGGCUUCACCUGGGGAAAGUGUUCAGCUUUGUACAUCUGAGUGUUCAGGAGUUUCUGGCUGCUUUAUACACAUUUCUCUCCUUCAUCAGCAGAAAUGUAACAGAACAACCAACCACUGAUCUGUCUGAUCUUCUCAACAAGUCAGACAUGUCUGAUCUCCUCAGGACUGCAGUGGACAAGGCCUUACAGAGUGAGAACGGACACCUGGACCUGUUCCUCCGCUUCCUUCUGGGUGUCUCACUGGAGUCCAAUCAGACUCUCUUACGAGGCUUAAUACCACAGACAGGAAGCAGCUCUCACAGCAAACAGGAAACAGUCGAGUACAUCAAGGAGAAGAUCAGGGAGAAUCCAUCUCCAGAGAAAUCCAUCAAUCUGUUCCACUGUCUGAAUGAACUGAAUGAUCAUUCUCUAGUGCAGGAAGUACAGACUUACCUGAACAGAGGAGGUCACAGUCGUCUCAGGGGAACCAGACUCUCUCCUGCUCAGUGGUCAGCUCUGGUGUUUGUGUUACUGAACUCAGAUCAGGAGCUGGAUGAGUUUGAUUUGAGGAAAUAUGACCCAUCAGAGGAAUGUCUUCUGAAGCUGCUGCCAGUGGUCAAAGCCUCCAGAAGAGCUGAUCUGUGUGUGUGUGAUCUGACAGAGGAAAGCUGUAGAGUUCUGUCCUCAGUUCUCAGAUCAAACUCCUCCAGACUGAGAGAACUGAACCUGAGUCACAAUAAACUGCAGGAUUCAGGAGUGAAGCUGCUCUCUGCUGGACUGGAGAAUCCACACUGUACACUGGAGAUACUGAGUCUGUGUGUGUGUGAUCUGACAGAGGAAAGCUGUAGAGUUCUGUCCUCAGUUCUCAGUUCAAACUCCUCCAGACUGAGAGAACUGGACCUGAGUAACAAUAACCUGCAGGAUUCAGGAGUGAAGCUGCUCUCUGCUGGACUGGAGAAUCCACACUGUACACUGGAGACACUGAGUCUGUGUGUGUGUAAUCUCACAGAGGAAAGCUGUAGAGUUCUGUCCUCAGUUCUCAGAUCAAACUCCUCCAGACUGAGAGAACUGAACCUGAGUCACAAUAACCUGCAGGAUUCAGGAGUGAAGCUGCUCUCUGCUGGACUGGAGAAUCCACACUGUACACUGGAGAUACUGAGGAUGUUGAACUGCAGGAUUACAGAUGAAGGUUGUGCUGCUCUGGCUUCUGCCCUGAGGUCAAACUCCUCAUCACACCUGAGAGAACUGGAUCUGAAGUAUAAUAAUCCAGGAGAAUCAGGAGAGAAGCUGCUCUCUGAUCUACUGAAGGAUCCACACUGUAACCUGGAGACACUACACAUUAACUAUAAUAAACUCACCAGGACUGGCGUAUGACAGGAGUCUCACCUCAAACCUCUUCUCCAGGAUAAAGCAGUCUUGGUGAAGAGUUAGAACCCGUCCCACAUUUCCAGCAGUUUGGGAGCUGAAUCAUUAAACUUAAAGGGGCAGAGCAGAAACAAAGUCAAGAACAGGCAGAAGGUCGUACACAGGAGAAAUCAACACACGUAACCAAAUAUCUGCUGUACAAAGCAACGGCACCGAUCUGCCCCGGGGAUGGAGACUGACGAGGCUUAAGUACACGUCCGGAAAUGUACAGCCAACUCAUCCCAAAGCACGAGGCGGGAGCAGGCGUGUACGAGAUGUGAUCGUCCAAUGGCAAGCCGGAACAUGACGCACUGCAGUGGACUGGGCUUAAAAGAGGAGGAGACAAGACACCCAUCCCUCCCCCGACAUAGACACACGAAUGGAACAUAGUACAAACAGAAAUACAACUGAGGACGUAACAAUGGACAAGUAUCAAAUAAAAUGUAAACUUGCAUUGAUGAAGUUAAUGUUGUUAGUAAUUGUUUAUAAAUUACCAUGGUAACACAGAGCUCCAAGGUAUAAAAAUAUGGAGCUUGUCAUCAACCGAACAGUAACCAGUUUUAAUACCUAAAAAAGUUUACGUAGCAAAAUUUAGCAAAGCGCUUUACAGUAAAUUAAAAUGUAAAAUGAAACUAAUGAAAUGUUGUGCAGCACAUGCUUAUGUUAAUGUUUGUUACAUUAUAUGAUCAUAUAAAUAAAUAAUUACUCCCAAAGUCACCAGAAUUGAAAGCUUUUUGCUGUUAAACAUUUAGAGAUUGAGGUUGUGGUGACUCAGUAGUUCACUCAGUAUAUCUGGGUAAGACACAGUGAACGACUCACUGCUGGCAUUCAUGAAGAAGUCAUAAACUCCACUGGAAUAAUAAAUAGGAUCUAAUAAAAUCAUGAAUGGAAAUUAUUGGUGUAAGUUUGUUAGGAUAGACUUCCUCCAACCUGGAACUAUAUCCUCCAGUCCACGCGGUGGCGGUAACGCACCUAACAGCUGCGUCUCCGACCAGUAGAAAUCACAGAAGAAGAAAAAGCUGCAGCGGGUAUCUCCUGAGCAGUUGAGUUAUUACACCGAACUAAUCAUGUCCAGAUUAAAUUAUUUCUGACAGUUUUACAGUUAGGUUUGAUCCAGUUUAAACGUAAAAGCUGGUUAUUUUGUCUGUGUUUGAGGAAUUAAAACCGUUCUGUUUUUAAACCCGAGCGAUGAAGAAUCCAUUAAGGUGUACGCCCGCGUGCGACCUUUGACCCAAGGCCGGCUGAGGACAGACGGAGACCAGGAUUUAUGUUUGACGGUGACCUCGGAUCACACGCUGCGUCUGAACUCCAAACCCAAGCCGCGAAACUUCACCUACGAUCACGUGGCGGACAUGGACGCGACUCAGGAAUACAUGUUCUCCUUAGUCGCUAAAAACAUCGUGGAGUCGUGCACGCAUGGUUACAAUGGCACGAUAUUUGCAUAUGGACAGACGGGUUCAGGGAAGACCUUUCCCAUGCUGGGGCCGAACGAGCUGACUGAUUUCUCUGAUCAGCUGCGUGGUGUUAUUCCUCGUAGCAUUGAGCGUUUGUAAUCCCUCAUGAGCAGAGUGGGGGCGGAGUCUGCAGUAGCAAAGAGCUUCCUGUGUAAAUGCUCUUUCAUCGAGAUCUACGAAGAGAAGCCCUUUGACCUCCUGGGCAGCGCCUCAGUGAGUCUGGUCCUCAGAGAGGACAUUGAGAAAGCACUGUUUGUGGAAGGAGCGGUGGAGAAAUACGCGGCUUCAGCCACAGAUGCCUACCAGAAUCUGGAUCAGUUGUUCAGAACAAAGAAUCAGCACAGUUAAUCAGCACAGCAAACAGUUCAGAACUGACCAAGUGAAUCUCUAUCAAAUUACUGACUCAAGUGAAGUUUUAGAGCAGAGUAUUCCUACCCUGAACCUGUGAAUCACACUCCUUCAGAACGCUUAAACUAUACAAUAAAUUAGUAAAUUAAUCAAACUUAAAACCGAUUUAAUAAAUUGGUGAGGUAUGUUAGUUGUCGGGAACAGAAAAGUGAUAAAUUGGUGAACUGGGCAAGCUCAGAACUGAUUCAUUUAACUGGUUACACAAACAGAACAGAGAAUUAAUACAGUGAAUCAGUAAAUUAAACAGUUCAGAAUCGAUUCAGUGAAUCAGUUAAUCAAGCAGUUUGGAACUAAUACAGCAAAUUAGUACUUCAAACUUGUUCCGAAUUAAUACAGUGAAUCAGUAAAUUCACCGGCUCAGAAUUGAUUCAGUGACAAUUCAUAACUGAGGAAGAUGACACUCUGCACGCUGAGAGAGAGGCGGCUCUGGACGCUCUGCUCGCUGAGAGAGAGGCGGCUCUGGACGCUCUGCUCGCUGAGAGAGAGGCGGCUCUGGACGCUCUGCCGCUGAGAGAGAGGCGGCUCUGGACGCUCUGCUCGCUGAGAGAGAGGCGGCUCUGGACGCUCUGCGCGCUGAGAGAGAGGCGGCUCUGGACGCUCUGCGCGCUGAGAGAGAGGCGGCUCUGGACGCUCUGCGCGCUGAGAGAGAGAGGGGGCUCUGGACGCUCUGCACGCUGAGAGAGAGGCGGCUCUGGACGCUCUGCACGCUGAGAGAGAGGCGGCUCUGGACGCGCUGCGCGCUGAGAGAGAGGCGGCUCUGGACGCGCUGCGCGCUGAGAGAGAGGCGGCUCUGGACGCUCUGCGCGCUGAGAGAGAGGCGGCUCUGGACGCUCUGCGCGCUGAGAGAGAGGCGGCUCUGGACGCUCUGCGCGCUGAGAGAGAGGCGGCUCUGGACGCUGUGCGCGCUGAGAGAGAGGCGGCUCUGGACGCUCUGCGCGCUGAGAGAGAGGCGGCUCUGGACGCUCUGCACGCUGAGAGAGAGGCGGCUCUGGACGUUCUGCACGCUGAGAGAGAGGCAGCUCUGUGUGCCGAGAUCGAUAGGCUCAGGCUGGAAAUUGUGUUUCACUGACUGCGUUUAACGUGCAGACUAGGAGGACAAGCUCACGCAGGCCUAGAUGAGACGACUGAUCCUUGAGCAGAAGACGAAGGCGGUGGAAAACCGACACCGAAAAUAAACAAAAUACAGCUGAAGACUGGAAAAACAUCACCUUCCAGUCUCCAGCUGUGUCAGGUUCCUGUUCCUGCCUGACAAGAGCGGAGCCUGAUGUGACGAUCUGCUGAUGGAGCCCAUCCACCUCAAGAUUUGAGGAUAGUUUAAUUUAACAACCAUGGUGAAAUGUAAACAGCAACCUUUAUGUUAGUUGUUUGUUGCCAUGGUUACAUUCUAACAUCAUAAAAUAUGGUACUUUCGAAUGGUUUCCAACGUUCACUGUGUUUAUACGAGGUUUCUACAAGAAAGUUUGGUUAGCAGAAGUUUGGUUAGCAGUUGAUGCUGUGUGUAAUUAAAAUGUAAUUUUAGCAAUGCA